UAGAAGAGUGCAAGAGCUUUUGGUCCCAACUGGCUGUGCCUAUAGGCUGUCACCGGGAGAACGGUCCUGUUAAUUGCACUGCUCAGUCACGGAAGGGAGAGAGAAGAGGAGGAGAUACAGAGAGAGAGAGAGAGAGAGUGAGAGAGAGAGAGAAGCCAGAGUGAGAGAGAGAAAACUUUAAUUUAUAGAAGAGGUUUGCUCAAACGAUGAUCGCAGAGCGCACAUGGAUUCGGUAGAACUUUCGCUCCCUGAGUGUUUUUCCCUGCACUCCGAUCAACAGUAGAAUGAAUUUAUCAAAGGCCCAAGUUAAUAGCGAAGAUAAGUACGCCAAAUGCGGCGCUUGGAGAACACAACAGCAAUACGACAUCGAGGCCAGUCACAUGCGUGAUGCACAUGCUCUAUAUAACCAAAGGCUGCUCUGCAGAAUGUCCAGCAAGGACCGCCACAUUGAGUCGAGUUGCCCCUCUUACAUAAAGACGGAACCUUCCAGCCCCGCAUCACUGACGGACAGCGUAAAUCACCACAGCCCCGGCGGCUCCUCAGACGCCAGCGGUAGUUACAGCUCCACCAUGAACGGCCAUCAGAACGGUUUGGACUCGCCCACUCUUUAUGGCCCAACGGGUGCUCUGGGUCCCAGCGGAGCCGGAGCCAAGCGGUACGAGGACUGCUCCAGCACCAUCACAGAGGACUCGCAGAUUAAAUGCGAGUACAUGCUGAACUCCAUGCCCAAGCGCCUGUGUCUGGUGUGCGGGGACAUCGCCUCCGGCUACCACUAUGGCGUCGCCUCCUGCGAGGCCUGCAAGGCCUUUUUCAAGAGGACCAUUCAAGGAAACAUCGAGUACAGCUGCCCCGCCACCAAUGAAUGUGAGAUCACCAAACGCAGAAGGAAGUCCUGCCAAGCCUGCCGCUUCAUGAAGUGUCUGACCGUCGGCAUGAUGCGAGAAGGUGUUCGACUGGACCGUGUCCGCGGCGGAAGACAGAAGUACAAACGCCGGAUAGAUGCGGAAAACAGCCCCUAUUUGAACCCUCAACUGGCUCUGCCGGCCAAAAAGCCAUUCCCCUUUGGCUGCCUUGCAGAUAACAAGAUUGUGUCUCACUUGCUGGUGGCGGAGCCUGAGAAGAUCUACGCCAUGCCUGACCCCACAGUGCCCGACAGCGACAUCAAAGCCCUGACCACGCUCUGCGACCUGGCAGACAGGGAGCUGGUGGUCAACAUUGGCUGGGCCAAGCAUAUUCCAGGGUUUUCCACACUCUCGCUGGCGGACCAGAUGAGUCUUCUGCAGAGCGCAUGGAUGGAGAUCCUGAUCCUGCGUGUAGUCUACCGCUCUCUGUCUUUUGAGGACAAGCUGGUCUACGCUGAAGACUACAUCAUGGAUGAGGAUCAGUCCAAGCUGGCCGGCCUGCUUGACCUGAAUAACGCCAUUCUUCAGCUGGUGAAGAAAUACAAGAGCAUGAAGCUGGAGAAGGAGGAGUUUGUCACUCUUAAAGCUAUAGCCCUGGCUAACUCAGAUUCCAUGCAUAUAGAGGACGUGGAAGCUGUGCAGAAGCUCCAGGACGUGUUGCACGAGGCCCUGCAGGACUACGAGGCGGGCCAGCACACGGAGGACCCGCGCCGGGCCGGCAAGCUGCUCAUGACCCUACCGCUGCUCCGGCAAACCUCCACCAAGGCGGUGCAGCACUUCUACAGCAUCAAACAGGACGGCAAAGUGCCCAUGCACAAACUGUUUCUGGAGCUGCUGGAGGCCAAGGUCUAACUCCUCCCCCCCGGCCCGCCACGUCACACCCACAGAGAGCUGGAGGGGGUACGUCACAGACUCCGCCCCUUCACCGGGCAGACACUGACUUACUCUCUGCCGCUGUUCGUGAAACCUUUGUCUAUAAACUUUAUCAAAUAAUAACUAAAAACAUAACCGUAACGGUACUUCUAAUUACUGACAAUGAUACGUAAAUAUAAGAAUGAUUUAAAAUGUGAUUAUUGAGAAAAAAUAUGAAGUGGAAAAAAAAAAUGACUGCUCUCAUUAUUCAGCAGUGGGACUUGAAACCAGCCGUUGACUUGUUCUUCUCGAAAAUCUGAUGCUGAGUUUUUUUUUUUUUUGUGCUUUUGAAAUAUUUUGUUGAUUUUCAAAAGAGAAUUACCGAAGCCGAGAAAGACCAGCCCUGCCAAAGGAAGGAGGUCCACCCAGUGGACACCAGCAAGAGAAACUUUCCCCAAACUGUACCGUCCAGCUUCCAUGUCGCUGAAGGAUUCGACCCUCUUUACCAUAAGAGUAGUGACUAUAUGCAGUAUUACAUUAGAGGUCCUCGGAGCAGUUUGACAACGCGAUAGCCAAACGGAGAUUUUGAAGAAGCUGCUCCUCACCAUUAUGUAGCCAUGCGGAUCGAUCAUGUGUGUGUCACUCCCUCGUCCUUUUCUUUCAAGUCUUCCAAACACGUCUAGCCUCUUUUAACGAUUUCGUUUCGAUCUUUUCAGGGAAUAGCCGAAGCUUUAGUCUCUCAUGCAAUACUGAGCAAAGAAGAAUCGCAGUGGUCACGGAACAGACUCAUUUAUUUAUUGACUUUUAUUUUAUUAUCUUUUAUUCAAGUGUAUUUGUACUGUACUGAAGGAUGUAAAUAUAUGGUAUGGUCAACAAACACAAUGUUUCUUCAUAUAAUGUUAAUAAUAGAUCGUUAUGUUUUUCUACCGAC